UUUAUGGGUUUAUUGCCACCAAAGGAUUUCAAGAUGUAUUUUUAAACAACUAUUGCUCAACAUAAGCAAUAUGUCAGUCUCCAUUGGCAAUAUUGCUAGAAAUACAAAUUUUCAGAAAUCAUUUAUUGCCUGUCGAUAUGCCCCUUAAGUGCUUCAAUUUCAAAGCAGUUACCACAUUGCCGUUAUUCCGGUUAAUCGGUUAUCGAAUAGUGCGCGCAUAACUAAUAAAAAUAUUCAAAAUAGUUCGGUGAUAUGACUUAAAUUAUUAUCUUUUUGUUUUCAUCAUAUGUCAAAAAUAUUUAAUUACGUUUUGCUUUUGGGUAAAUUUUUGAAAUUAAAUCACAAUAAACACAAUCACACUUCGAUAAAAUUAUUGCGAAGCAGAAAAAUAAACCCAUUUAUAUUCUUUGUAAAAAGUUUUAGUUUGCCAAACGAUAACAGAGUAGUGCCAGCAAGUUAUACAAAUUAAUUUCGCAAGCAAGUUAAAAAAAUAACUUAGCGCACCUUUUUAAUGGAUAUUUCACAAGAUUUAAAUAAUAGUGCUGAGCUUGAAUUGGAAAAUCAACAAGAACAACUUUUACUUCAUAUGGAUGAGCUAACUGCUAAAAUUGACAAAGUACUCACGCAUCAGCACGAACUAAUAGCAUUGGUUAGAAAAGCCUCCAAACACAAUGUAUGCCUAUCUAUAGUCAAAAAAGAAGAAUUGGGUCCUGUUAAGCACGAUUUAGCAAGCAAUGCAGCAGCGCAUUUGCCAGCUUUGAAAUGUCUACUCGAACGCAAAAGUAUGCAUCAAUUUUAGCACUUUAAUAUUUUGAAGAUAAACAAAUAAUACAAUUUUUGGCGGAUACAAAUCAGAGCAAUUUUCCAAUCACAGUUUUAUUUUCCAACUGCAAUAUAAUGCGGCGUUAAUACAAAUUUAGUUGAUAAAUAGCUGUUGUGCUCAGCAAUUAUGGGCUAAAUAAAAAUUCUUGUCAUUAAUUAGUUUUUUCAGCAUACAACAAUUCGGUUGUGAAUCAUAUGUAAUAAAAAUAUGUGUUUUUGGUAACAAGUAUAA